AUGAAGGGAACCUCUAUUUUCCAAUUCAAAUCUUGGCCUAAGAUUCAUCAACCAUUACCUCGAUCCCCUCGAGAGUCUCAACAACUGCUUAAUGCCCUCACAUCCUCAUUUCGUCGUCAGCUGGACCGAGCGUACCCGGUUUCCAACCCAUCCAACAAUGAAGGCGAUCGACAACCCUUGAAUACCGAUUCCUCACUUCAUGCAACUGAACAACACUUGCAUAAUAUCCUCGACAAUCCUCUCUUUAGAAUCGUACCUCCUAAGACCGCCUCUUCAGACCAUCAUGUUGGAAAAGGUAUUGACGAACAAAAGCGCUUGGCCGAGGAGCCAAUGUUAGUCUUUGAUGAACUAGCAGCCUCAGGCUCGAUCACCCUGUCCACAAUCACCAACUGUUUGAAAUCUCAACUUUUGUUAGUCCGGUCUAGUGGUGAAAGAGGCGUCAGAGAUGCAAUGAUGACAUCUCGUGCUGCUUCUCGAAUUGUAGAAUGGUUUUGGGCUUCAGAUGGUGCUUCUCGGCAAAUGAUGUUACACUCAAGAGCCACAACUCCCUCCUUAACCAAGUUCAUGGUUGCAGAGGGUCUUCAGGACACAGUUUUGGAGUGGCUCAAAAUGCUUACAAGUCUUGAUCUGGGAGGUUAUAAUGGUCGAAUCACAGAGACAGUGGCCCAACAAAGCUUCAGUCAAAUUCUCGUCGAUUUUAUGGAUGCUGAAAUCCGAUAUGGAGGCGGGCUUGCUUCUGCUAUGAAAUAUUACUUGCGAAUCUACCACGCCUACUCGAUUUCUCAGCCACAACUCAGCUUGCCUAGAAAAUCAUUGUUCCUGGCUGCUGGAGCCAAUCUUAGCCGAGUGGCUAUGGAGGCGAAGCCGUUGACUGAACUGGUUUCAGUCUACGCAUACGAUGAAUACCGAGAGAUAAUUUCUGUUUUAUCAUCCCCUCGUUCGUUAUUGUUCGCUAGCGUGUCUCUCUGCCAUCCCGAGAAACCCGAUCCAAAACCCUUCAUGCGCUUCGUGGGAAAUCUUUCCAUCAACAAAGUUCAUGCUUGGAAUGAUGCCCGGCGGGAAGCACUACUUCGCAUCGCUUGUGAUGCUCUUCAUCUUCUGAUUGACCAGAAGCAGAUUCGAGAUGCCACUAUUCUCGCUCGCCAGGUUCAGCAAUUGCUUCCAGAGAAGACAGCGGAUACUACUGAAGGGUCCAGUCUUCGUUCUGCGUCAAGAGAAGAGGAGGAUAUUUUCACUCGCCUGGAGUUGAGUUUGACUUGA